AUGGUCACUCAGAUGUUUUCUGUGGAAAUCGAUUCACAUCAUGACUUCCUUUAUAGGCAGUUUCAGUGCAGGAUACUAUCUUCGUUGUCAGUCUUUAGACUUGCAACUAAGACCUGUGCUUUCUGCCACAACCACGAGGAGGAAGAUCACCUACAGAGAUUCCCAGCUGCCUCCUCUGGGGAGAGCGAUGAAGCAGGCAGUGGCUUGGGAUCCGGGCUAGAUGGACCAUUGGAGGCACUGGGAGUGGACCAAGCCAUUUAUGGUGCCUACAUCCUGGGGGUCCUGCAGGAGAAAGAGGAAGAAGAGAAGCUGGACGCUCUGCAGGGUAUCCUCUCUGCUUCUCCGGAAGGAGAUUACCUCCUGAACAUCUGCAAGGAGAUUGUGGAAUGAUGGUUGGAAACUCAGAAUGUUAUCACUAAAGUGAAAAAAGAAGAUGAGGUCCAGGCCAUCGCCACCCUCAUUGAGAAGCAGGCGCAGAUCGUGGUGAAGCCCAGGAUGGUGUCAGAAGAGGAGAAGCAGAGGAAAGCCGCGCUCCUGGCCCAGUAUGCUGACGUGACAGACGAAGAGGAUGAAGCAGAUGAGAAGGAUGAUUCAGGUGCCUCCACGAUGAACCUUGGUUCUGACAAAUCUCUCUUCCAAAACACCAAUGUGGAAGACGUUCUCAAUGCCCAAAAACUGGAGCAGGACUCGCUUCGGGAUGAGUCCCAAAGGAAGAAGGAACAGGACAAGCUGCAAAGGGAGAGGGACAAACGAGCCAAGCAGGAGCACAAGGAAAAGGAAAAGAAAAGGAUACAAAGAGGGGAGCAAAAGUGA